AUGAAGGCUCACAUAUAUUUCGAUGCCGUUGACUAUUCAGUCUUCGGUUUAAUGUUAUUAUUAUCAUCAUUAAUCGGUAUAUAUUUUGCAUUUUUUGCAAAACAAAAGCAAAACACAACGUCGGAGUAUCUCAUGGGUAGCAAAAAAAUGGGAGUUUUUCCAAUAUCGAUUUACAUAUCAGGUAUAGCUCUCAUAGGAAUGCCAGCGGAAAUAUAUACAUACGGUACACAAUUUUGGGUUUUGAUCAUACCUGAAUUGUUGACAAGUAUUUGCAUGAUGGUGGUGUACAUUCCCGUUUUUUAUUCCCUCCAAAUUGUUUCUUCAUACGAAUACCUAAAAAUACGUUUCAAUAAAACAGUCAGGACUUUAGGUUCCGCUUUAUUUCUCAUAAAAAUGAUGCUUUAUAUUCCGAUUGUUAUUUACGUGCCAGCUUUGGCUUUUUCACAAGUCAGUGGUUUUAGUCUUUACAUAAUCGUACCGAUUAUAUGCAUCGUUUGCAUUUUUUACACAACUCUGGGUGGAAUAAAAGCCGUAGUUUGGACGGAUACUCUUCAAAUGAUAUUAAUGAUAUUUGGUGUGUUAACGGUUGCCAUCAUGGGUACGAGAGAGGUCGGAGGUGUAAAUAAUGUUUGGAAGAGAAACGAAGAAAGCGGAAGAAUUGAUUUUUUCAACAUGAGUCUCGAUCCUCGAAUACGUCACACCUUUUGGAAUAUAUUUAUUGGAAAAUUUUUUCAUCAUCUCGCUUCUUGCACGGUGAAUCAAGCGAUGGUACAAAGAUGUUUAGCAAUGCCAACACUAAAUCGAGCUAGAAUAACAAUUGGAAUAUUUUCAAUUGGAAUUGCUACUUUGGUCAGUCUGUCUUGCUAUACAGGUAUGGUUAUAUUUGCCGCAUUUUACGAUUGCGAUCCUGUAAAAGGAAAAGUUAUAACAAAAUCAGAUCAAAUAUUGCCGUAUUUCGUUAUGAAAAUCACAAGCCAUAUACCAGCACUUCCUGGAAUUUUCGUUUCUGGAGUUUUUAGUGCUGCUUUGAGUACAAUGUCUACGGGAUUAAAUUCAAUGACUGGAGUUAUCCUACAGGAUUUCAUACGUCCUUUACGUAAAAAACCAAUAUCUGAAGCAUCGGCUGCUUUAUACAUGAAAAUAAUCGUUCUGAUUAUUGGUGUUGGCCUAUUGAUUUUGGCUUUUGUAGUAGAUCGUCUUGGUGGUAUAAUACAAACUUCCGGGAGUUUAAGUGGAAUCACGGCGGGAACUCUUUUAGGAAUAUUUACCUUAGGUAUGCUUUUCCCUUGGGCUAAUUCUACAGGAGCUUUAGUUGGUGGAACAACAAGUGCUAUUUUCAUUGGUUGGAUGUCUGUUGGAACUCAAAUUGCUGUUAAGAAAAAACAAAUUAGAUUUCCUGAAAAACCAAUUAGUAUGAAAGGUUGUGACAAUGAAACUUUGUACAAUUAUCAAAAAUAUUUAAACGAAAGUAUUAAACUUAAUGCAAAUGAUCCGGGAGAUCCAUUUCCGCUUUAUACCGUUUCCUACAUAUAUUAUGCAUUUUUGGGUACCAUCUGCGCCAUUGUUGUAGGCUUAAUUGUAAGUUUUUUAACUGGUCCAAAUGAUCCACAAUCUAUGGAUCCAAGAUUAUUUUCUCCCGUUAUUCAUAAAUAUAUAAAAAAGAAAAAACAAGUCGAAGCGGAUGUUAAAUUAUUGGAUAAUUCUAAAAAAUAA